AUGCCGGCGUCCCCGGUGCCGCCGCCCGAGCUACGUUGCCGCAGGAGUGACGGCAAGUCCUGGCAGUGUAAGGGGUGGAGGAUCCACGACCGGUCCUACUGCGAGGAACAUCACAUUCAGAUUACUUUAAAACGCAAACCGAGAAAAGUUUAUAAUCCUCCGAGUCCUCGUAGGGUUUCCGGUGAUGGGGAGGAUUUCGAGAGUUCUGCAGCUACUUGCAGUCGUGAAGACGAUGGUGCUCCUGCUGGUAAGGGGAUAGAGAUUGGGGUUCCCGGUGGUCGUAGGAGUGGUAAGAGGUUCCGAGGAAGUGACAGUGAGGCUGCGCCGUCGGAAGAGGUGGUGCCUAAGAAAAAAGCUCGGAGUAAAAGGUCGAUUGUGAAGGAGGAUAAUGAUUCCGAAAAAACGGGUGACGACGAUCAUACUGAUGAGAAGGAAGAGGAUAUAAAAUUGGGUAAAAGAGGCGAAAAGAAGGAUCUGAAGGCGACCAAAACAGGAAAAUAUGGGAGUGGGGAAAUCAAUGGGGGAGGGGGAAGGGGAACUUUGGUUAGAAGGGCUAAGGAGUCUCGUAAGAAUGAGCCCUUAAUUAAAGUGAAGACAACUGAGAAGAAGGAAGAGGAGGGGGGAGAUUUUGCCAUAAGCAACAAGAGACAUAAGAAAACUGUUCCCUUGAAAAAGGAGCUGAACAAUAAUUAUAAGAAGAAGACUGACAGUAAAUAUGAUGACGCGGAUGUUGGCAGUCUUAGAAAACGUGCUGAAAUGAAUUGUAAAUUGCUGGUUGAUGGCAUGAAGAAAUCUUCUAGGGUUGAGGGGGGAACUGGAGUGAAGGUAUAUGAGAGAAGGGAGGUUAAGUCUCGCAACAAGAAGAAUGAAGAGAAAUCAAAUCACAAAGUGACUGAGUCGUCUGAGGAUACAGAGGAUGAAGUAGUUGAGAGAGGCAAAGAAAUAUCCAGGGCACACGGGAGGCUUCAAGUUGAAAACAAAGAUGGUGUUGAUUCUUUGUCUAGGUCUACAAGGAAAGCAAAGGUGACUGUGAAAGAAGGAGAGAAGAGGAAGGAUGUAAAGAUACAUAAUAAUGGAGAAACUAAGGUUAAUCCUAGACAGAAAUACUUCGGCACUGAUGAUCCACUAGAUGAUGGCUUGAUGUGUCAUCAAUGCCAGUACAGCAACAGGAAAGUUGUAAGGUGCCUCAAGGAAAGGGAGGCAAAUAGGAAUAGGCGCUAUUGUGAGAAUUGCCUUGAAAAGUGGUACCCCGAGCUUUCAUUUAAAGAUGUUGCAGAAGCAUGUCCUUAUUGUCGUGGAAUCUGUAACUGCAAGGCUUGCUUACGCAAAGACUCAGCAGAAAAUCUUACCGUUUACUCUGGUAUCCCAGAAAACGAAGAUGAAAAGUUACACCUUCUUAGGUUUUUGGUAGGCAAACUUUCCCCAGUCCUGGAGCAGUUUUACCAUGAUCAGAUGAUGGAAAAAGAAGCCGAGGCUAAAAUUCGAGGUGUUUUGUCAUCUGAGCUAGAGGUCGAGAGAAUUAAUUGCUCCCCGGAUGAGCGUUUCAUUUGUGACAAUUGCAGUACCUCAAUAGUUGAUUUUCACAGAAGCUGUCCAGAAUGUCGCAACUAUGAUCUUUGUCUGACUUGCUGUCAAGAAUUACGUGAUGGCUUCUUGGUUAGAAGUGAGGGUGAAGAUAUCAAUGAGAAUGUUGAACAAAAGAAAGAAUGGACACUCAAUGAACAUUGUGGGCCUUCAGAACCUGAAAGCCAAUCAGUGUCAAGCAGCGGUUCAGCCUCUCAGAAGGCAAGUGUACUUCCUGAAUGGAAAGCAAAAGAAAAUGGUCAAAUUCCUUGUCCUCCUCUAGGAAGGGGUGGCUGUGGGUAUCACGAACUGGUGCUCAAAUGCAUUUUUCCUGAAGGCAACAUGUCAGAGUUAAAAAAGAAAGUGAAAAAUACGAUUGAAACCAAUCACCUUGUCAGCAACUGUCAAGCUCCAGAUCAGUGUCCUUGUUUUGAAAACAAUGAUGGUGUUGAUGCUGGAAAGAGAAGCUUAAAAAAGGCUGCUUUUAGAAAUGAUGCAGGUGACAAUCACCUUUAUUACCCCUCUGCAAAGGACCUCAAGCAGGGGGAUCUGGAGCACUUCCAGAGACACUGGAGUAGGGGAGAACCAGUCCUUGUCAGCGAUGUUCUAGAUUUAACACCUGGGUUGAGCUGGGAUCCAAUGGUCUUGUGGCGUGCAGUUCGUGAGCUUACAACUAAGGAAGGAUACUCAGACUCUGCUGUUGAUUGUCUUGAUUGGUGUGAGGUUGAGAUAGGUGUUCGUCAAUUCUUUACAGGGUAUACUGAAGGUCGUGUACACCGUGAUGGCUGGCCUGAAAUGCUGAAGCUGAAGGAUUGGCCUCCCUCGACUCACUUUGGCAAGCGGCUGCCUCGCCACUGUUCAGAGUUCCUCAGUGCCUUGCCUUUUAAAGAAUAUACACAUCCAGAUUCAGGAAUACUUAAUGUGGCGGCAAAGUUGCCAUCUGAAGUGUUGAAGCCGGAUAUGGGACCAAAGACAUAUAUAGCUUAUGGCUUCCCAGAAGAGCUUGGUCGUGGAGAUUCUGUUACAAAGCUUCAUUGUGACAUGUCUGAUGCGGUGAACAUCUUGAUGCACACUGCUAAGGUGGAAUUAGGAACGAAUCGGCUUGAUAAGAUCAAGAAGCUCAAGAAUCUUUAUGAUUCUGAAGAUGAAAAAGAACUUGGUAUGAAAUGUGCUAGUGAUAAAGAGGUCGAGACAAAGAAGCCAGAAACCUCGGAAACACAUGGCACUUCACCCUGUGCUGAUGGUUGUCCGAAUGCUUCUGAAGGGAAAUCAUGUGGCUUGUCAGGAAAUACCUGUGAAUCACUGGAAGAUUUUGCAGAAACAAGCAAGAAAAAUGAAAGCUCUCCUGAAACAGGUGUCAAUCAUGAGCCAGAGUCCGUAAGUGAAAUGGAAUAUGGACCAACAGGAAAUGACAAUUUCGGUGAUCACCUGACAAGUUCUUUAGCAGAAGUGGAAGGUGGUGCACUCUGGGAUAUAUUUAGACGACAGGAUGUACCCAAGCUGCAACAAUAUCUUAGAAACCACUAUAAAGAAUUCAGGCACCUCAACAAUAAACCCGUUAAACAGGUUUCUCAUCCCAUUCAUGACCAAGCUUUUUACUUGAACUCACGUCAUAAAAAGAAGCUAAAGGAAGAGUUUGGAGUUGAACCGUGGACAUUUGUUCAAAAACUCGGCGAUGCAGUUUUUAUUCCCGCUGGCUGUCCUCAUCAAGUCAGGAAUCUUAAGUCUUGUGUAAAGGUUGCACUUGACUUCGUUUCAACUGAAAAUAUGUCUGAGUGCGUCCACUUGACCAAGGAAUUUCGUCGCCUUCCCAGGAAUCAUCGGGCUAAGGAGGACAAGUUAGAGAUAACAAAGAUGGCCCUCCAUGCACUGGAUUAUGCUGAAAGCUUCCUUGAGGGUAAAGGAGACAGCAGAUACUUACAGUUGAAGAUUGGGAAGAAGGUGAAUAGGAAGACAGUGAGUGGGAAGUCCAAAGGUUAUGAAGAUGAGACAGUUGAUAUUGCAUCUCAAUGA